GUGACUGAGUCAAAGUUCAAAAAACUGCAAAAAUAUUUGUUUUGCGAAUUUUAACAACCAAUUAAAACUAUUUCACAGCUCAAGUAAUAUAUAUAUGUAUUAACUAUGUUCCUACGAUCAACAGUAACUAUAUAGCGUUAGCGAUAUUAAAAUAAAUAAAAGCUAAUACUUAAUAUUUGUUUAAAUCAUAUAACCUGGAAAAAUGUUAAGGCUACAAAUUUUAAAAAAUAGAAUACAUAGACCUUCUCAGAGACGGUUGAAAUCUUCAAGCAGCUUCAUUAGAAAUACUUUCAUAAAUUAUUUUAAAGAUAAUCAUGAUCAUAAACAUAUUAAAUCUAGUUCUGUUGUGGCACUAUGUGAUCCUACAGUGCCAUUCGUGAACGCUGGCAUGAAUCAGUUCAAAGGAGUAUUCUUAGGAGUUGUCGAUGCCCCAUGCCCUCGAGCUGUUAAUUCACAAAAGUGUAUUCGUGUUGGAGGCAAACAUAAUGACCUGGACUUAGUUGGUAUUGAUGGCCAUCACCACACAUUUUUCGAAAUGCUUGGCAAUUGGUCAUUUGGUGAUUAUUAUAAGAAAGAAGCUUGCCAAAUGGCCUGGAAUCUUCUACUGGGUCCAUACAAAAUGAAACCUGAAAAUUUAUUAGUCACCUAUUUCUCUGGUGAUGCCGUCAUAGGCCUGCAGGAGGACAGUGAGUGCAGAGAUAUUUGGAAACAGAUUGGUGUACCAUCUAGUCAUAUCAAAGGUCACGGGGCUAGGGAUAACUUCUGGGAGAUGGGACCGACGGGACCAUGUGGUCCUUGUACUGAGAUACACUACAUACAUCCAGAUGGAUCUCUUACAGAAAUAUGGAACAUUGUGUUCAUUCAAUGUAUUCGAGAAAUGGACGGAUCAGUGAGUGCACUCAGGCGCCAGCACGUUGAUACUGGUAUGGGGUUAGAGCGCAUGACCGCCUUGCUACAGGGUGUUCCAUCUAACUACGACACGGAUCUAUUCCGACCGCUUAUCUCAGCCAUUGAAAAGAAUAGUAAAGGCGCGGCGGAGUACAGCGCGAGCUACAGCGCCGACGCUAAGCUGGCGCACGCGUACAGGCGGCUGGCGGACCACGCGCGGAUGAUCAGCGUGUGUCUCGCUGACGGCGUGUUCCCGUCGUCUAGCGUCAACUUAAAACAAAUCAUGCGAAAGUCUUUCAAAAUAAGCUCCGAAGUCUUCCAACACUCCAAUCUCCUGUCCAUCCUGUACGACGAAAUGGUCACCACAUUGGGAGACACGUACCCCGAACUCGCGUCCAAAGAGAGAGACGCGAAGCUUAUUAUUGACCAUGAAAAAGAUAGCUAUAAUCAGUUAAGGGCGUCGUUGGCGAAGAAAUGGACGAAUCUAGUCAAAAUACACCCUGAGGUGGAAGAAAUGAAUGAUGUUGACUUAGCAGGUUUUGCCUUAGGAUACAAAGAGUUUAAAGAGUCAAUGUCCAAAAUAAAAUCAACCGUAAUACCAGGGGAGGUAGUUUUCAAAUUAUACGACACGCACGGGUUCCAAGAAGACAUUAUCGAAAGGAUAGCGAAAUUGAACAAUUUGGAAAUAGAUAAAAAGGGUUUCUGGAAACUUCUCUCGAAUCACAAAGCGAGACAUAAAACAGCGUUUAAAGAACAAUCUUCCAGUAAAGGAAUUAUGUUCGAUAAAGCGAUACAGUUAUUAAAUGAAAAUGGAAUCAAGAAGACGAACGAUCAACCAAAAUAUGAUUUCAAAGAUUUAGACGACGAGAUAUCAUUCGAUCCUCUUAAAUCAAAGUUAGUUGCAAUACUAGACGAGGACGGCGAAUGGCUGGACUUCUCAGAACCGAGCGAAAGUAAACCCUAUUACAUAGUAACCGAGAGCACAAAUUUCUUUUGCGAGGAGGGUGGGCAAGUAGCCGACGAUGGUUUGGUAGAUUUUAACGAAAACGUGCGUUUUAAAGUGGACAGUGUUUUUAAAAUUCGUGACAUUGUCUUUCAUAAAGGCCACUUCGUUUUGAGCAAAGACAGUGAUGUUUAUGUGAAGAGAGGGAAUACUGUAGUGUUAGAAGUGAACGCCGAUAGGAGAAGGGAUAUUAUGAUAAACCACACUGCAAUACACUUGUUGAAUGCGGCCAUUAGGAAAGUGCUGCCGAAUAGCGUGAUAUGUCAGACUGGGUCGAAUGUUACGGACAAAGGGUUCACUUUAAAUUUGUCAGUUUACGGUGAGAAGUUGUCGCAGAAGGUCGUGUUAGAAGCUCAGGAAUUAAUAAGACAGACGAUAGAAUCCAAUGCCUUAGUCCAAACUCAAGUUAUAGAUAGUACGCAACUGUCAUCGGAGUCCGGCGUGCUCACGGUCCCCGGGGAGACUUACCCUGAAGUGGGCCUCCGGUUGGUGACAUGUAUGCCUCCCUUAGUUUCCAAGGAGCUGUGCUGCGGCGCGCACGUGCGCGGCGCGCGGGCCGUGCGCGGCGUGCGCGUGUGCCGCGUGCGCGGCGCGGGGGGGCGCGCGCCCGCGCUGCACGCGCUCGCCGGCCGCCGCGCGCUGCAGGCGCAAGAACUCUUCUGCCGUGUACAGAAGCUGGCUGAAGUGAUAGAACUGGCUGACUCGGAGCGUGUGAAGGGGGAAGUUUCGAGUAUAAAGCGGGAGUUGUCGGAGCUCUGUGGGUCGGGCGGCGCACCUUACGGCGACUACGCAGACUGUCUGCAACUGCUGGAGGGCUUAGAGAAGAGAGCUACCAAUAAGAACGUCGCGGCGUUACAAGCAAUAGCCCAAGCGGAAGUUGAAGAAGCAUGCCAAGAGGCGAUCCGCGGAGGUCGUCGCUUCACUGUGCAUUUCUUGCGCUGUUCCUACCUCAUGCAAAGCGACGCAGUCCGAGCUACACUUGAAACUGGAGAUCAGAACUUGCCCACGUUAUUGAUGGGUUGUGCUGGAGGAGUCGUGGUGGCAACUGCUCGAGUACCUAAGGAAAUGACGUCAUCGACGUUUACAGCUGAGAAGUGGUUAUCUUGCGUCCUGCCGAUAUUCGACGCCACCAUCCUACCGGCAACAAAUGACCGAUCUUUGCUAACACACGCUGAAAUGAGUGCAACUAAGGUAAGUUUAAUAAACUGCGAGGCUAUGGUCCAGGAUUCGAUGCGGGUUGCAAUCAAAUAUGCGCAAUCGCAUAUCAAGGAUCUCAACAAUACAGAUAUCGGGGAUAAAGAACAAUCCACCCAGAACAGACAACAUAACUAGAGUGCAUACCGACAUUAUUUCCAAGCAACAAGCUCAAAAGGCAAA